GGUUUGAACUCAUCGUUGUUACGUUUUGAAAGGAAGACAAUGAGCAAAAAUCGUAGAGUGUUCCAUACGGAGGAUAUCUACACGAAACAAGAUUUCAAUAAUGAAUUUAAUGACGUUGAUUUCGAUAAUUUUAGUCCAUAUAAUCAACAACAGCAGCAGCAGCAGAAAGAAUCUGCUCAUCAGUACGCAGAUAUAAAUCCAAAUAUGACACGGAUACCACACACGGCUGGAAAGCUAUUUAGCAACAUAGUUAAGCCAAAGAUUGAUCCGAACGUAUUACCAUCCCCAGUUGAUGAAUUGGCUAACGAUAUCGCACACUGGGAUUCAAAUUUCAACCCAAAUAACACAAUUAGUACUCUAGAUGUACAAGUUGAUUUGCCUAGUGCAACUAUCCCCUUCAGAUCAGUUGAUCACGGCUAUUCAGCACCUAAUUAUAUGAGGUUGACUUCUUACGCCUUACCAAGUACCCAUGACCUCGCAAAAGCUUGUCAAUUACCACUUGGUUUGGUCUUGGAUCCAUUCAACGAUAGACCUUCUUCUCAGAUUCCGUCAAUAGACAGCUUCACAUCCGCAGAAGGUGGACCACCAAGAUGCGCAGGUUGUAGAGGAUACAUAAAUCCAUCUGUUAAGUUCACAAACGGUGGUAAAUAUUGGUUAUGUAACCUCUGUCAGUUUAGCAACACAGUUGAGGAUGACUACUUUUCUACACUCGAUCCCCACACUUACAGAAGAUUGGAUAUCGACAAUAGACCAGAGUUGAACUUUGGAACAGUCGAUUUCAACCUUCCAAAAUCAUAUCAUGCUUUCCAACCUACUCCUAUUGGUAUGAAUGAUGGUCCACCAUUCAAUCUUAACAAAACGAGAGAUCCUACGACUAUGUCACGGUUGUUUUUGAUAGAUGUUGGCUUACAAUCACGUCAAUCAGGCUUAUUGCAUACACUUUCUCUCACUAUAAAAGAUGCAUUGUAUUCCUCACCAACACCACUCAACACUUCAAAAGUUGGAUUUAUUACUUACGAUUCAACACUCCAUUUCCACGAUUUAUCACCUGAGAGAGAUCUUCCAUCAUUAAUGAUCGUACCAGAUACAGAGGAACCAUUCAACCCAUUAGUAAAUGGUUUGAUUGUUGACGUCAAUGAAUCAAAGCACAAUAUUUUAGCUUUCUUAAAUAGUCUACCAACAAUGUUUGAAGAUGUUUCACCAAAAGGUUCAAUAUUCGGUUCUGCUUUGACAGCUGGAUUGGAUGUGCUUUCAGAAGUUGGAGGUGAAAUGAACAUAUUCCAAUCUCAGUUACCUAAUGAAGGGUUAGGUGCAUUGACAGAGCGUGAUCCUGCACCGGGUGGUACGGCAUCAGUAGCUGAACGUGACAGAGCGUUGUAUGGACCUGCGACGACCUGGUGGUCAAACACAGCUGAAGCGCUCAUUGAUGCUGGUAUUGGUCUCAAUGUCUUCAUGUUCCCAUUCAAAUACACAGACGUCGGUACAUUAUCUUCAAUCGCUCAAUACACAGGUGGUGAAUCUUAUUUCUACCCAAAAUUCGAUCCUGCUAGACAUGCACUUAAAAUCAGAUCAGAUUUACAAAGAAUAGUAACAAGACAUGUAGGUUACAAUGCGACUAUCAAGAUAAGAUGUUCAAAAGGUUUCCAUAUUGAUCAACACUAUGGAUCAUUUAUGCAACGGAAUUCAACAGAUAUCGAAAUGGGAACAGUAUCCUCAGAUUCUUGUUUGGCCGCUUCCUUGGAACAUGAUGCGGCUUCAUUGACAAAAGGAUGGGGUACUAUGGCUACUAAUGCUAUCAAUCAGGCGAAAGAAGGUGGUGCAUCACAACAAAACGAUGACGAAAUCCACUUCCAAGCGGCAAUAUUGUACACUAGCUCAGAUGGUCAGCGUAAAGUUAGAGUUUUAAACUCUAUGGCUAAGUUAUCACCAAUUGCAGCAACUGUUUUCAGACAUGCGGAUAUGGACGCAGGUGCUGUAUUAUUAUACAAACAAGCUGCUAUGAAUGUCCUGAACAAACCACUUAAAAAGAUACAUGAGAAGUUGACGGAUAGAUCUGUACAAGUUCUGUUAGCAUAUCGCAAGCAUUGCGCACAGGCUAAUAGUGGUGGACAGCUCAUUUUACCUGAAUCAUACAAACUCCUGCCAAUUUUGACACUCGGCAUGAUGAAGUCCAAGUGUCUGAAAGGAGGUGCAGUUGCGUCAGAUGUACGCUCACAUGCGAUCAGACAGGUACUAUCUGGUACACCUUACAAGCUCUUACAAUCUAUUUAUCCACGUCUUCACCCGUUACAUAGAGGCGCUGAACACGUACCUGACUUCAUAAGAUCAAGCUACAAGAGAAUGGACCCUAGCGGUGCAUAUUUGAUCCAUAAUGGCGAAUUAGCUAUCAUUUGGUUAGGUAAACAAGUCGAUAAGCAAAUAGUGAAAGAUAUUUGGAAUGUCGACGCAAAGAAUGCGAUAGAUCAAAGAAUGGGUGUUUUACCAGAUUUGGAUAACCCACUGUCUAUUUCGCUGAGAUCAAUUAUAUACAGAUCGUCAUUCCCAAAUCCACCAUCAUCCAUACCCGUCUUGGUAGCACGCCAAGAUAUUGAUCCUACAGAGAUUGAAGUUGGAAAUAUGCUAAUAGAGGAUGACAAUAAUGAUAAUAUGUCAUACAUAGAUCACAUUUGUCAAAUACACAAAUUGAUCAAUACACAAAUUAUAGGUGAAACUAGAAUGGCAGAUGCUGCCGAUGCAGCAACAUGGCGUACCUGGUAGAUAAGUAUUUUUUUGUUCUUGUAAAUAAAAUCACAAUAUGGAUAUCGUAUCUUGUCG